AUGGCUAAAGCGCGGGAAGCUUGCGAGCUUCUCAAAGAGUUGCCGGAGAUGAAGCUAGGUCACGUUCUUGAGGAGAUCGGCGGGAUUCUCCCUGGGCAUCGAUUUGCAUCUGGUCUGGAGCUGUUGCUAUCGUCAACAACAAGAGGGUUUCAGUUGGGACACUCGAGUGGGUUCAGAGACAUGGAGCCACUGAGAACUUCUUACAUGCAAUCUGAAGAGCAUGAAUCCAACAACCAGUCUGUUGUGUAUAUUGGGGUGGAUAAUACACUUGCUCCAGUCAUCGGCUUUGAAGAUAAAAUCAGGGAAGAUGCUGCACAAGUCGUUGAGAAUUUGACUUGA